UAUGAGCAUGGAGAACUGCAAGAAAGUUGAAGUUGCUAAGUAAACUUAAUUCAAUUAAAUAAGCUGAAAUUUUUUUAACUUUUCAGAACUUGAAUUCCUUGGUAAAAUUACCCCAACCAUAUUGCCGUUCAUAGUAUCUGUGGCAUGAGUGUCGCCGCAAAUACCCCGUCUUUCUCGACCAACCAUUCUACUUUGGCAUGAGCUGCGAAUAAAAAAUCCCAUGUGGUUCCACACCACUUACCAAGCACGCCGUAGUCAACUCGAGGUUGAUGAAUAGCAGUGGCGUGAAGACGACAAGGAUGAGGAUCACUUGCAAAAGUGGACGGAACGGUGGUAUGACUGGCAACAACGGGUUUGGCCGUUAAGGAAAAAUAAGAAAGAACAAGUUGGGAUUGAGGCUAGGAUUGGCAUUGGGCAGUGCAAUUGUAGUUCUUGUUGUGAUUGCAGUCUGUUGUCUUAUUAGAAAAUUUAAAUCCGACUACUCCAUUUUCUUUUGGAAGAAGAAAACAAAAGAAUCUAGAAGCAUUGAUGCCUUCCUCAAGAACCAUGGGCCUAUGCCCUUGAAAAGAUAUAGAUAUACAGAAGUUAAGAAAAUGACAGAGACAUUCAAAGAUAAACUAGGCCAAGGAGGCUAUGGAGGUGUGUUUAAAGGCAAGUUACCUGAUGGUCGUCUCGUGGCAGUCAAGGUCUUGAAGGAAUCAAAAAGUAAUGGGGAAGAAUUUGUUAAUGAGGUAGCAAGCAUUAGUAGGACUUCUCAUGUUAACAUUGUCAGUCUUUUAUGAUUUUGCUAUGAUGGUCCCAAAUGCGCUCUAAUUUAUGACUUCAUGCCUAAUGGAUCUCUUGAAAAGUAUAUAUAUAAACAAAAUUCCUCGAGAACUAAUCAUGAAUUGGGAUUGGAAACACUACAUGAAAUUGCAAUUGGCAUUGCUAAGGGGUUAGAAUACUUGCACCGAGGUUGUAAUACAAGGAUAUUGCAUUUUGAUAUAAAGCCUCACAACAUUCUUUUAGAUGAAAACUUUUGUCCUAAAAUUUCAGAUUUUGGUCUGGCUAAAAUAUGCCCUGAAAGAGAGAGUAUCAUAUCAAUGAUGGGUACAAGAGGGACUAUUGGAUAUAUUGCACCUGAAUUAUUUUAUAGAAAUUUUGGUGGAGUAUCUUAUAAAUCUGAUGUUUAUAGCUACGGGAUGCUAAUGCUAGAAAUGGUUGGAGGAAGAAAAAACAUUUGCUUUGUGGAAGAUGAUAAUACUAGUGAGAUGUAUUUUCCAGAUUGGAUAUACAAGAGUCUUGAACAAGGUGAAAAGAUUGGACUAUUUGGGAUCAACGAUGAAGAGGAAAAUCAAAUAGCAAGAAAAAUGAUCCUAGUGAGUUUGUGGUGCAUACAAACGAAUCCCUCAAACCGUCCUUCAAUGGGUAAAGUUGUAGAAAUGUUGCAAGGAAGCAUUGCAUCCUUGCCAAUUCCACCCAGACCGACCUUGGUUUCCGCAUCAAGAUCACUUCCGCGAGAAACGAUAAAUUCUUCAACUUCAACAACUGGCAUAACAAUGUGAGCCUCCCGAGUAAAGAAAUGUAUGCUUCUUUGAACUCUAUAUAAGAGCUUGUUAGUCUCUAUUGCCCUUAGUGAUUGCUUAAUUGGUUGCACCCUCUCUUUAUGACUCAAUUGUAUUUUUUAAGGAAAAACCACUGGAAUCAUAAUGUUUUCAAUUUCACUUAAUAUUUUGUUUCUUUGUC